AUGGAAUAGGACUGCUCCUGACUCUUCUAGAUAGAAGAGGAUUGCUCAUGCCUGUUCUAGAUGGAAUAGGACUAAUCCUGACUGUUCUAGAUGGAAUAGGACUGCUCCUGAGUGUUCUAGAUGGAAUAGGACUGCUCCUGAGUGUUCUAGAUGGAAUAGGACUGCUCCUGACAGUUCUAGAUGGAAUAGGACUGCUCCUGACAGUUCUAGAAGGGAUAUGACUGCUCCUUACUGCUCUAGAUGGAAUGUGACAGCUCCUUACUGCUCUAUAUGGAAUAGGACUGCUCCUGACUGCUCUAGAUGGAAUUGGACUGCUCCUCACUGCUCUAGAUGGUCUGACUGCUCCUGACAGUUCUAGAUAGAAUAGGACUGCUUCUGAUGGUUCAAGAUGGUCUAACUGUUCCUGACUACUCUAUAUGGAAUUGGACUGCUUAUGACCAUUCUAGAUGGAAUAGGACUAUUCCGGACUGUUCUAGAUAGAAUAGGACUAUUCCGGACUGUUCUAGAUAGAAUAGGACUGCUCCUGACUGCUCUAGAUGAAAUAAGACUGCUCCUGACUGUUCUAGAUUGAAUAUGACUUCUCAUGACAGUUCUAGAAGGAAUAUGACUGCUUCUUACUGCUCUAGCUGCAAUUGGACUGCUCCUGACUGCUUUAGAUGGAAAACAACUGUUACUGAUUGCUAUAGAAGGAAUAGGACUGCUCCUGACUGCUAUAGAUGGAAUAGGAUUGAUCCUGCCUGUUCUAGAUGGAAUAGGACUGCUCCUGACUGUUCUAGGUGGAAUAGGACUGCACCUUACUGAUCUAGAUGGAAUGUGCUAAAUGACUAAAAUGUAAUGUAAAAUGUAAUGACAGCUCCUUACUGCUCUAGAUGGAAUAGGACUUCUCCUCAAUGUUCUAGAUAGAAUAGGACUGCUCCUGACUGCUCUAGAUGGAAUAGGACUGCUCCUCACUGCUCUAGAUGGUAUAGGACUGCUUUUUACUGAUCUAGAUGGCCUGAAUGCUCCUGACUGCUCUGGAUGGAAUAGGACUGCCCCUGACUGCUCUAUAAGGAAUAGGAUUGCUCCUGACUGCUCUAGAUGGAAUAGGACUGCUCCUGACUACUCUAGUUGGAAUAUGACUGUUCCUGACUGCUCUAGAUGGAAUAGGACUGCUUCUGACUGUUCUAGAUGGAAUAGGACUACUCCUGAAUGUUCUAGAUGGAAUAUGACUGCUCCUGACUGCUCUAGAUGGAAUAGGACUGCUCAUAAUUGUUCUAGAUGGUCUGACUUCUCC